UCUAAUUUUUCCUUUUAGUUUUUCUCAUUGCCCAGAUGAUUAAUAGUUGCUUUUAGCCCUUGUUUAUGCCCGAAUAUUUCCUUUAAUUUGAGAUAAAACAACUAUUUCAGCCUUAUUGUUUUGCUAAUUGCUUUCAUUCUUUGCUUCCUACUAGCUAUAACAUUCUCAGCUUCUAUUGUUGUUAUUUCAUAUUCCUAAAAGAUGCAUCUGCUGAAACUUUUGGUUGUUCAUGCAGCUAGAGACCAAAAUCUUGUACCUCAAAUUAAACAGUUAAUCUCUUGGAAACAUGACACAACAAAUUAUCUUUGGUGUCGAUCAAUCAACUAUGCCUCAAUCCCAUUUUAGUAGGGGUCGGCUUUAUGAAUCUUCACUACUCAUUCAAUAUUUGAAUGUCUUAUCUUAGUUAAAAUAUUUUACAACCCCCUCCUUUAUCUAGCUUCGGGCCAAUCGCCACCCUAAUUCUAGGAAAAAUGGUUGAUAGUCACAUGAUUGAGCAUCUAACCAGAGGCGGAUCUAGAAUAUACGCUCUAUGGGUUCAGCCUUUAAGGCAACCUUUUGUUUUUUCUGAUGCAGGCAGCCUUUUGGUUUUCAUUAUGAAGGCACUCAUCCUCGUAGGGGGUUUUGGAACAAGGCUGAGGCCGCUGACCCUCAACGUGCCAAAGCCCCUAGUUGACUUUGCUAACAAGCCCAUGAUAGUACAUCAGAUUGAAGCACUAAAAGCCAUUGGAGUGACUGAAGUAGUUUUGGCAAUUAGCUACCAGCCGAAGACAAUGGAAAACUUCUUGAAAGAGUUCGAGAAAAAGUUAGAUAUCAAGAUCACUUGCUCGGAAGAGACAGAGCCUUUGGGCACAGCAGGGCCACUGGCUUUAGCUCGUCAUAUAUUGAGAGAUGACUCUGAUGAGCCCUUUUUCGUCCUCAAUAGUGAUGUUAUAUGUGACUACCCGUUGAAAGAAAUGAUUGAGUUUCACAAAUCCCAUGGUGGGCAAGCUUCCAUUAUGGUUACGAAGGUUGAUGAACCAUCAAAAUAUGGUGUGGUCGUCAUGGAAGAAGGGACUGGGAGAGUCGAAACGUUUGUAGAAAAACCAAAAAUAUUCGUGGGUAACAAGAUCAACGCUGGAAUUUACUUGUUGAACCCUUCUGUUUUGGAUCGGAUUGAGUUGAGGCCCACCUCAAUCGAGAAGGAGGUCUUCCCCAGCAUUGCAGCAGAGAAGAAGCUCCACGCCAUGGUUCUACCCGGGUUUUGGAUGGACAUUGGUCAGCCAAAGGAUUACAUUACAGGCUUGAGACUGUACCUGGAUUCCUUGAGGAAAAGGUCCUCACCUGAUUUGGGUGUUGGGCCACAUAUUCUUGGAAACGUGUUAAUAGACGAGAGUGCUGUAAUAGGAGAUGGAUGUCUUAUUGGCCCAGAUGUGGCGAUUGGUCCCGGAUGUGUUAUUGAAUCUGGAGUUAGGCUUUCAUGUUGUACUAUAAUGCGUGGUGUACGAAUUAAAAAGCAUGCCUGCAUCUCAUUUAGCAUUGUUGGAUGGCACUCAACUGUUGGGCGAUGGGCUCGAGUAGAGAACAUGACAAUCUUAGGAGAAGAUGUUCAUGUUGGCGAUGAAGUCUACAGCAGUGGAGGUGUUGUUCUACCGCACAAAGAGAUAAAAUCCAGCAUUCUGAAGCCAGAGAUUGUCAUGUGAACAAAAAUUGAUUGUAUGAUGUGGUACUUUCUGGAAACUAAAGUGAAGAACACUGUUCUGUUCAAGGUUUUUCCAUUUGUUUUUUUUUUGAUAAGGUGAAGAUUUUAUUAAAAACAGUAUCAAGCUGAUACUGUAAAAAUACAAGGAUAUUGCUGGCUUAAAAGCAUUAAAAUCCUAAGCGGUCUAGCAUGCCCAGCAUAUCAUGAAAAUUCAUAACAACAUUUCCAUCUUUCCAAUAGUACAAAUAAUGUAAACAACUGUA